AUGGAGAAGAUGGAGGAGUCUGUGGAGAGUCUUAGAUGGAGAGGCGUAGGAUAGAGGGCGUCGUGAAGUCGUCCUGUUCUUAGGUUACAUGGGAGUUCUGCAUCCCUAUAUAGGGCACUACAUUUGACAAGAACCCUAUGGUCCUUGUUCAAAAAGUAGUGCACUAUGUAGAGAACAGGGUGCCAUUUGAAACACAGCCUAAGUGUUCCCCCUCUCGUCAAACAUCCCCAGUCUGUCUGCCUGCCUGCUUAUCACCUGUCGUGUUCUGUACCUGCUCAGAGCUCAGACACCUGUCUAGGCCAGCUGCCGUACACCCCACCCCCAUCAGUGUGACCUGGGCCCGGUUUACCAAAACCACCUUAAGGCUUACGUUCAUCGUUAGAACCUUCGUAGGAUCAUCAUUAAAUCUCCAAGCUGUUUCCCAAAACCGUUAUUAACGUUGCACUUGAAAACACAUAAUCGAAAGCCUGCCUGCCUCAGACCACUCGUAAAACAGCUAAGUGCGUCAAUAGAUGCUUUUUUGCCCUCCCACGUCACUUUAUACACAGAAGAUGUUAGAAAAGGUGAAGCUGGUUGAGAGAGUGUGCAAAGCUGUCAUCAAGGCAAAUGGUGGCUAUUUGAAGAAUCUCAAAUAUAAAAUAUAUUUUGAUUUGUUUAACUCUUUUUUGGUUACUUCAUGAUUCCAUAUGUGUUAUUUCAUAGUUUUGAUGUCUUCACUAUUAUUCUACAAUGUAAAAAUAAAAUUAAAAAUAAAGAAAAACCCUUGAAUGAGUAGGUGUGUCCAAACUUUUGACUGGUAGUGUAUAUAAAAGUGAUGGUGAUGUAUGUAAUAAUUGCCCUCGCUAGAAGCCUGUGUUUCAGACAUAAGGAAGUGGAUGGCUGAAAACUUUUUACUUUUAAACUCGGACAAAACAGAGAUGCUUGUUCUAGGUCCCAAGAAACAAAGAGAUCUUCUGUUAAAUCUGACAAUUCAUCUUGAUGGUUGUAAAGUCGUCUCAAAUAAAACUGUGAAGGACCUAGGCGUUACUCUUGACCCUGAUCUCUCUUUUGACGAACAUAUCAAGACUGUUUCAAGGACAGCUUUUUUCCAUCUACGUAACAUUGCAAAAAUCAGAAAUUUUCUGUCCAAAAAUGAUGCAGAAAAAUUAAUCCAUGCAUUUGUUACUUCUAGAUUAGACUACUGCAAUGCUCUAUUUUCCGGCUACCCGGAUAAAGCACUAAAUAAACUUCAGUUAGUGCUAAAUACGGCUGCUAGAAUCCUGACUAGAACCAAGAAAUUUGAUCAUAUUACUCCAGUGCUAGCUUCCCUACACUGGCUUCCUGUUAAGGCAAGGGCUGAUUUCAAGGUUUUACUGUUAACCUAUAAAGCGUUACAUGGGCUUGCUCCUACCUAUCUUUCCGAGUUGGUCCUGCCGUACAUACCAAUACGUACGCUACGGUCACAAGACGCAGGCCUCCUAAUUGUCCCUAGAAUUUCUAAGCAAACAGCGGGAGGCAGGGCUUUCUCCUAUAGAUCUCCAUUUUUAUGGAACAGUCUGCCUACCCAUGUGAGAGACGCAGACUCGGUCUCAACCUUUAAGUCUUUACUGAAGACUUAUCUCUUCAGUAGGUCAUAUGAUUGAGUGUAGUCUGGCCCAGGAGUGUGAAGGUGAACGGAAAGGCUGGAGCAACGAACAGCCCUUGCUGUCUCUGCCAGGCCGGUUCCCCUCUCCACUGGGGUUCUCUGCCUCUAACCCUGUUGCAGGGGCUGAGUCACUGGCCUGCUGGUGCUCUUUCAUGCCGUCCCUGGGAGGGGUGCGUCACUUGAGUGGGUUGAGUUACUGGCGUGAUCUUCCUGUCUGGGUUGGCGCCCCCCCCCCCCCUUGGUUUGUGCUGUGGUGGAGACCUCUGUGGGCUAUACUCGGCCUUGUCUCAGGAUUGUAAGUUGGUGGUUGGGGAUAUCCCUCUAGUGGUGCGGGGGCUGUGCUUUGGCGGAGUGGGUGGGGUUAUAUCCUUCCUGUUUGGCCCUGUCCGGGGGUUUCUUCGGAUGGGGCCACAGUGUCUCCGGACCGCUCCUGUCUCAGCCUCCAGUAUUUAUGCUGCAGUAGUUUAUGUGUCGGGGGGCUGGGGUUAGUUGGUUAUACCUGGAGUACUUCUCCUGUCUUAUCCAGUGUCCUGUGUGAAUUUAAGUAUGCUCUCUCUAAUUCUCUCGUUCUCUCUUUCUCUCUGAGAACCUGAGCCCUAGGACCAUACGUCAGGACUACCGGGCAUGAUGACACCCUGCUGCCCCCAGUCCGCCUGGCCUUGCUGCUAUUCCAGUUUCAACUGUUCUGCCUGCGGCUACGAAACCCCUACCUGUCCCAGACCUGCUGUUUUCAACUCUAAAUGAUCGGCUAUGAAAAGCCAACUGAGAGACCUGAGCCCUAGGACCAUACGUCGGGACUACCGGCCGUGGUGACUCCUUGCUAUCCCCAGUCCGCCUGGCCUUGCUGCUAUUCCAGUUUAAACUGUUCUGCCUGCGGUUAUGGAACCCCUACCUGUCCCAGACCUGCUGUUUUAAACUCUAAUGAUCGGCUAUGAAAAGCCAACUGAGAUUUAUUCCUGAUUAUUAUUUGACCAUGCUUGUCACUUAUGAACAUUUUUGAACAUCUUGGCAUGGUUCUGUUAUAAUCUCCACCCGGCACAGCCAGAAGAGGACUGGCCACCCCUCAUAGCCUGGUUCCUCUCUAGGUUUCUUCCUAGGUUUUGCCUUUCUAGGGAGUUUUUUCCUAGCCACCGUGCUUCUACACCUGCAUUACUAGCUGUUUGGGGUUUUAGGCUGGGUUUCUGUACAGCACUUCGAGAUAUUAGCUGAUGUAAGAAGGGCUAUAUAAAAUAAAAUUGAUUGAUUGAUUGAUGUAAAUAUACUAUUAUGAUAUGCUAUUAUAUGCUAUUAUUAUAUGUUAUUAUUAUAUGUUAUUAUUAUAUGAUAUUAUUAUAUAUUAUUAUAUGAUAUUAUUAUAUGUUAUUAUUAUAUGUUAUUAUUAUAUACUAUUAUGAUAUGCUAAUAUUAUAUGCUAUUAUUAUAUGUUAUUAUUAUAUGCUAUUAUUAUAUGUUAUUAUUAUAUGUUAUUAUUAUAUGAUAUUAUUAUAUGUUAUUAUUAUAUGGUGUUAUUAUAUAUUAUUAUAUGAUAUUAUUAAAUGUUAUUAUUAUAUACGAUUAUGAUAUGCUAUUAUUAUAUGCUAUUAUUAUAUGUUAUUAUUAUAUGUUAUUAUUAUAUGAUAUUAUUAUAUGUUAUUAUUAUAUGGUGUUAUUAUAUAUUAUUAUUAUUAUUAUAUGAUAUUAUUAAAUGUUAUUAUUAUAUACGAUUAUGAUAUGCUAUUAUUAUAUGCUAUUAUUAUAUGUUAUUAUUAUAUGCUAUUACUAUAUGUUAUUAUUAUAUGCUAUUAUUAUAUGUUAUUAUUAUAUACUAUUAUGAUAUGCUAUUAUUAUAUGAUAUUAUGAUAUUUUAUUAUUAUAUGAUGUUAUUAUAUGUUAUUAUUAUAUGAUGUUAUUAUAUGUUAUUAUUAUUAUAUGUUAUUAUUAUAUGUUAAUAUUAUAUGCUAUUAUUAUACGUUAUUAUUAUAUGUUAUUAUUAUAUGAUGUUAUUAAAUGUUAUUAUUACAUGUUAUUGUUAUAUGUUAUUAUUAUAUGCUAUUAUUAUAUGCUAUUAUUAUUACAUGUUAUUAUUAUAUGAUGUUAUUAUAUGUUAUUAUUAUAUGUUAUUAUUAUAUGUUAAUAUUAUAUGCUAUUAUUAUAUGUUAUUAUUAUAUACUAUUAUGAUAUGCUAUUAUUAUAUGCUAUUGUUAUAUGAUGUUAUUAUAUGUUAUUAUUAUAUGUUAUUAUUGUAUAUUUUUAUUAUAUGUUAUUAUUAUAUGUUAUUAUUAUAUACUAUUAUGAUAUGCGAUUAUUAUAUGCUAUUAUUAUAUGUUAUUAUUAUAUGAUGUUAUUAUAUGUUAUUAUUAUUAUAUGUUAUUAUUAUAUGUUAUUUCAAGUCUGUAGCUAAACUGAAUCUGGGGUUCCAUCCCUGAUCCCAAACAACUCUAUGUCCAUUGGUGUCUGUCACCAGUCCUGACCAUUUGUCACAUACAUGAAUUUACUGUUGGCCUACCUGUCCCACAACUGACAUCAGGUAUUGCCAGGUGUUGUAAAUUUGGAUUAAAUGACCUUGUCACAUGUGCAACAGCAACAACAACACCCUGAGGAAAGAAACCAAAGUCAAACUUAUAUUCUUAUAGUUGUCUUUCUGCAGCCACCUUUAGUGUUUCAUUGUGGCAUGAACCGGUGGACAUCGGGAUGGGAGUGGUGUUUUUAGAACAAUCGAAUGGCAAUAAUAAAGUCGACAAUUGACUGUUUAAAAGCGAGACCAAACUAAUGGUAUUAUCACAAUCAAAAGCCAAUGGGUAAAAUAAUGCCAAUAGCCUUCCUUGUGUGACAUGUUAACUAGUAGGCUUCCAUGUUUAACAUGUUAAGUAGUAGCCUUCCAUGUUUAACAUGUUAAGUAGUAGCCUUCCAUGUUUAACAUGUUAAGUAGUAGCCUUCCAUGUUUAACAUGUUAAGUAGUAGCCUUCCAUGUUUAACAUGUUAAGUAGUAGCCUUCCAUGUUUAACAUGUUAAGUAGUAGCCUUCCAUGUUUAACAUGUUAAGUAGUAGCCUUCCAUGUUUAACAUGUUAAGUAGUAGCCUUCCAUGUUUAACAUGUUAAGUAGUAGCCUUCCAUGUUUAACAUGUUAAGUAGUAGCCUUCCAUGUUUAACAUGUUAGGUAGUAGCCUUCCAUGUUUAACAUGUUAAGUAGUAGCCUUCCAUGUUUAACAUGUUAAGUAGCAGCCUUCCAUGUUUAACAUGUUAAGUAGUAGCCUUCCAUGUUUAACAUGUUAAGUAGCAGCCUUCCAUGUUUAACAUGUUAAGUAGUAGCCUUCCAUGUUUAACAUGUUAAGUAGUAGCCUUCCAUGUUUAACAUGUUAAGUAGUAGCCUUCCAUGUUUAACAUGUUAAGUAGUAGC